GACCUUUACUCCGAAUUGCGGUUCUCUGUAGGCCGUAUGGGUAGGGAGCGUAGUGUGAUAGUUUUAUGCUCUGUUCAAAAUGUUUUUUUUUCAGAUAAAAAUAUUGGUUAUCUGUCCCCAAUCGGCAAAAUCUCUGGUCACGUUAUUAUCACAAGAUAUCGAUUAAGAUUCGAAUCUAGCGGCGAUGAUGUAAGCAAUUGCCAGUUUGACGUGCCUCUGGGUUGUAUCUACAAAGUUGAGAAAGUUGGGCAUUCCACUGUUAGUCGAGGUGAACAUGCGUACGGUUUACUGAUUGGAUGUAAGGAUAUGCGGCAUAUACGGUUCACCUGUCAUCCUGCCUCCCAUAGUAGACGCCCGCUGUACGAUGCCUUGCUUCGCUUUGCAUUUCCUUUGACGAAUAAACUGCCAUUUUCAAAAGUCGAGGUCGACGGGUGGACCGUGUAUGAUGCUAAAGUAGAGCUGAACAGGCUUGGUGUACCGAAUGAACUGUGGUGUUUCACUCAAAUUAACUACCACUACGACUUUGCGGAUACUUAUCCCAGAUUACUGGCUAUACCGACAACUGUAGAGGCGAAAGGUCGAGAGUUCCUCGAAAGGGUCGGUGAAUUUCGCAGUCGGCAACGAAUUCCGGUGUUGAGCUGGUUGCAUCCGGCCACACAAGCGUCAAUCACACGUUGCUCGCAGCCGAUGUUAGGCAUGACCAAUAGGAAAUGUACCGAAGAUGAGUGGUUUUUGAAACAAAUCGUUCUGGCGAAUGCGAAUGCUUAUCAGUUGUUGAUUUUCGAUGCCCGUCCUGUUGUUAAUGCAAAGGUGAACAGAGCUAAGGGAGGAGGUUACGAGGAGUCGUAUGAAGAUUGUUCUCUGGUAUUCCUUAACAUCCACAAUAUUCACGUGGUUCGAGAAUCAUUGCGGAAAUUGAAAGAAUGUCUGUUUCCUCGUGUUGAUGAGAAGAAUUACCUGAGACUGCUGGAUGAUUCCAAGUGGUUGAACCAUAUUCAGUCGAUCAUAGAAGGUGCUGCCCAGAUUGUCAACGAGGUUGAACGCAACCGUAGUUCCGUACUCGUCCACUGUUCAGACGGAUGGGAUCGCACGGCUCAGCUAACAUCUUUGGCCAUGCUUCAAUUAGAUCCAUACUAUCGCACAAUCAAAGGCUUCGCGGUGUUGAUAGAAAAAGAAUGGUGCAGCUUUGGUCACAAAUUCGCACAUCGAAUAGGUCAUGGAGAAGACAAGGCCAAUGAUGGGGAGAGAUCUCCGAUUUUUGUACAGUUUAUUGACUGUGUAUGGCAGCUUCUGGAGCAGUACGGUGUUCAUUUUGAAUUCAAUUCCUUCUUACUAAUCACGAUAUUGGAUGAAUUGUAUGCAUGCAGAUUCGGUACAUUUUUAUUUAACAGCGAAAAGCAACGUUUAGUGGAAAAUAAGUGUAAUAAGGAGACUGUGUCUCUAUGGACGUAUAUUCUUGAAAAUAGGAAACAAUUCUUGAAUCCGUUGUAUAAUAAGGUACUGAUCAUGAAUUCUUCGAUGCGUGUACUACGAGUUUGGACGGAGUAUUAUGCUAGAUAUAAUCCGUCUGUGGUUGCCCCCGGUUCAAUGGUAAGUGAAGACGAGAGUGUGGUGUAUGCAGAGAAGCGUUCCACACAGCUGGAAACUGUGUAA